UUCUUUCUAAAAUCGUGAAACGGUCACACUUGUCUUAUAAGCGUCUCAAUUGACCCAAGCGUUUUCGCGGCACUGUGAAUAAAAUUGAAGUGAACAUACAACAUACAUAAGUGAAACCAAAAAUGAUCAAAAUGGCUGAAGAAGAAUGUGGAGAGGAUCCUCUAUAGAAACUUUUAAAAAAAAUGGAAAUUGAGGAAGUGCUUACAUUUCUAACAGCUGCAAAAGUAAACAUCGAGCAGCUAAAAUACAUGAACGCCGAUGACAUUAAGGAGGCAGUGCCUCCAUUAGGUCUGCGCAUAGGGUUUAGACAAAAACUCUUCAGAUGGAAGGAGUCUGAGGGUGGAGAUGAAGACCGAAUUGCGCCACUACCCUCUUUUGUCAAGCCAGACGUCAAGGCUCCCCUAAAGUUCAUUUUGAAUAAAAGUGGCAUGAAGAUUUUGGAACACGAAGAGACUCAUCUUUAUCUUCCCCAAGUGCUUCGGGACGAACAUAUUUCUAUUAUAAUAGAAGAGGCCAUGCUCGAACACAUUACGAAUAGCGUUCCAGAUUUCCAAGCCUUGCUAGAGGAAAUAUGUUUUGUUCUCCCAAGCCAGAUAAACGUUAAGGAUUACUAUUUUAUACCUCGAAUGGGUAGAGGCAAUCCUGCAGGAAAACUAUAUUCAAAAUAUAUGAACCGCCGCAGCCGCAUAUUAAAAAAGAAGAAAAGGUCUGUAGAACUUGUGAUCUCCGAAGAAGAUGAUGCAGACAUCUGCAAGGCAUACAAGCUCACGGUUAGCCGUACAUGUGACGAUUGAGAGAGUGUACGUGAUAUGUGGAAAAAGACAUACAAAAUACGACAGGAAGACGUCACGGCUCUGAACAACUCUGAUUUUUUGAAAGCUUGGAAUAAAUUUUCCCGUGCAAAGGCGUACGAGCUGAUUGAUAUUGAUUUCGACCGUAUGUAUCCUGCAAAAGGUUUUCAUUUGCUUUCAAAGUGGCAAGAAUUUCGGCAAAAAAAAUGUGUUACUACGAAGACAACAUCAUUAAUGAACAUUGCAAAGCCCAACUCUUGCUUGUUAAAAACUGCACCAACAUAGAUGCCCAGGACUUCAUAAUCGCCACAUUGCUGAAUGCUGUUUUGCCCUCAUCAGCCCGCUUCAAGAAUGAAGAUGGAAA